CCUCCCUGGCGCGCGGCCACCCGCCAUCACCAAGGCCGCGCUCCGCGGCGGACCUUGGCCUUCCCUUCCCGCCCUUGCUCAUAUAUAUACGCCCGCCCACGCUCCAGCACGGUGCACCGUCCUCUCCCGCCCCGCACUGCCAGCAACUCGAGCACUCGACUACCGCACGCCCUGGCCAUGUCUCGCGCGCUCGCCCUCGCGGCCCUCCUGCUGCUCGCCGCCCUCGCCGCGGCGCCGCUCGCCGCCGCGGACAGCAGCCCGGAGUCCAUCCCCUUCGCCAAGGAGGUCGCCGGCGGGGCCGAGGCGGCCAAGAGCGCCGGCACGCAGGCCGCCUCGGCGGUCGCCGGGGGCGCUACCCCGCCCGUGGACCCCGACCCGACCAGCGGCAUCAAGGCCGACCCCGCGCCCGCCAGGCGCUGAACCGUGGGCCGAUCUUCGUUCGAUCACUUCCUUUUCUUCCAAGAUGAUGAGUUUGUGAUCCGUGCGCGCUAGUGUCGCGCAUGCGUGUCGGUUAAUAAUUUUAGUGCUGCGCUUUUUAGUUGAUUGAUCUUUUCCAUCGGUGAUUUUGUAAGUGUGGAUGUGCCACGCAGACCUGACCGGCAUUUCCCGGUCGGGUGCUUGCGUUCUUCU